GCUCGUCAAUUCACUGCCUGUUGACGUAAGAGGAGGAGCGAAGAUGCCCGAGCCUGCGAAGUCAGCGCCGGUGCCCAAGAAGGGCUCCAAAAAGGCCAUCACCAAGACGCAGAAGAAGGGUGACAAGAAGCGCAGGAAGACCCGCAAGGAGAGCUACUCCAUCUACGUCUACAAGGUGCUGAAGCAGGUCCACCCCGACACCGGCAUCUCCUCCAAGGCCAUGAGCAUCAUGAACUCCUUCGUCAACGACAUCUUCGAGCGCAUCGCCGCCGAGGCCUCCCGCCUGGCGCACUACAACAAGCGCUCCACCAUCACCUCCCGCGAGAUCCAGACGGCCGUGCGCCUCCUGCUGCCGGGCGAGCUGGCCAAGCACGCCGUCUCCGAAGGCACCAAGGCCGUCACCAAGUACACCAGCUCCAAGUAGAGGGGCGGCUUGACGUGUGGACCGCAGGGAAGACUACCCGCAACCCCAAAGGCUCUUUUAAGAGCCGCUCACGUAUUCCUGGAAAAGUGCGAGGUCGCUUUAAGGGGCGGUUUUGUUCGAGGGAUUUAGGUCGCCCCCUCUAUCGAGCCGAGAAUAAUUCUAGGCAGCUUAAACAAUAAGUAAUAAGCUUUUAUUAAAAACAUGAGCAAAAAAUUAACUUUGAAGGAUUUCUAAUUUGUAAAAAGGAAAGUAAAAUUUAUUAACUGAUAACAGUGAGAUGUAUUUGAUUUUGUGCCUGUGUUUCUUCCAACACGUUAAUGGCUGUUGAUAACAAGCAUUAUGAGUUGGUUUUCUAAGGCCUCCAUUUUUGAAGCACUAUCUUAAAAGUUUUAUUGUGAAAAUGAAUACACAUGAAUGUUGAAGAAAACAGGAGGGAAAAAUUCACUUCCAACUUUUUCAGGGCAGUAAAAUAAAACAUCCUCAAAUGUUUACUUUUAUACUUGAUAUAUAUACUAGCCAUUUCUAUAACAGCCAUCAGGAAUCCCCCCAAAUCAGCGUUUCAUUGUUUUUCGUCUUAGAGUAUGUUUGUAGAAUUCCUUGAAAGAAAUUCAGAGACGAGGUUCGGAGUAGCAGAAUAAAGUUUCUUUUAUUAUCAAAAAUCAAGUUUAGUAGCAAAAGACGGUUUGCAAAGCGUGGUGGAACUCAACCAUGCACCCACAAGAGUUACAAGGAAGAGCCACCCCCCCUUACAGAAGCGUAACAGCAAUUAUACCCUCCCUAACUCCUCCUAUACCGACGUCAGCUAUACCUGACGUGGCAGGUCACAAACCUAUCAAACGACACAAUUGUCCUACCUUACCAUAUAGAUAUUCUUGGUUCACCGAAUGUGGGUGUUCUCUGCUUAGUUUCAAGCACGUACUCAUGUUUCUUGCACAUGCUCAGUGAGCCUGCUGUUGAAUAAGAAAAUUUUAAACUUUCUGAAACUUUCCCAUUCAAUUCCCCCAUUUCUUAUUUGGUCAUUUCGUUUAAUAUUUUCUUUUAUUUCAUUUAACCUAAUAGUUUCUUCCUUGGUAGUUUUCAUUGGAUGUAAGGUAUCCAUACUUUCCAACAAUUGGAUUUGAUCCCCAAUUUCUUUUAACACCAUUAUAGACUUAGCAUUCUGUUGGGCUUGUAAUAUACCGUGGACUGAACUGUUCACUAGGUUCUUUAUUACUGGGAUCAGGCAAGGCAACAUCAUUAUACCAAUAAAUAUAAUACACACCAUAAACAGAGCCUGUUUCCAAUUUCUAAAUAUCCCUCCUAGGAAUCCUUCAUCAUCCAAUAUCCCUGUCCAAGUUUGUACAGGUACAUGUGCAAUUCUAACCAUUUCUUUCGUUAUCUGGUUAAUUACCAUGCCUGAAUCGUCAAUUUGUAUACAGCAAUUAGUUAAAUUAAAUUUUCCACAGACACCCCCUUCCUUAGCCAAUAUAUAAUCUAAUGCUAAUCUAUUUUGAUACACAGCCACUCUAAGCUAAUUAGUAGUUUUUGCCAAAACAUUUAAAGCAGUAUCUAUUUUUUUUUCCAACUAAUUCUAAUACAGCCUGUAAUCUUAUUAUUCUGUUUAACAUAUACAUGGGUGUUCUAUAUCCCCAAGAUCCAUCUUCGGCCCAAGUAGCAGGCCCAUAGACACACACGGUCUUUUCUGGUGUCCGCUCCUUUCCUCUCAUUGUUUCAACAUUACAUGGAAUAUCUAUCCCAAAUCCAUAACUUACUACUUCAGCAUGGUUCUUAGUGAUUUCCAACUCCAUCGUAUUAGUUCUGUAUAUUCUGUUAAAUUUGGUAAUACCACUACAUCCUGGAUAACCCUCUCCAGUGUAAUCACACACACAACUCCACCCUGAACAUUUAACAGAUCCCCCACAAGGUGGCCUUGAUUGGGGUUCCCAUUUGCAAAGUUCAAAUUAGUGGGACAUGUAUAUUUAUGAUUUUGUUUAUAUGCUGAGAUCCAACUAGAGUCUCCACUUUGUGGCGAGAGGAGAUAAACCUAAUAUUGUGCAGGCAUCAAACCGUAUUAAAGCCUUUUCUGUCCCCUUUUCUAAUAUUUUUGUGGAAUUAACAUAUAUUAAUCUUCCUUCACUUUCAGGUCUCUGUCUUGCUCCUGUUUUAGCUAGACCUACAUAUAUACUAAAAUUGAAAUAUGUUGGCAUUGAUGGAUCAUAACAUUGUAUCUUCUUGUCUUCUCCCUUACAAACUGAAUAUUGUGUGUUAUUUAAUUGACACAUAGAUUGAAAUAUACAUCCCCUAGGUGCUGGGGUAUAAUAUACCAAGGUCUUAAUUACUGCGUUUCCUUUGGUGACAUUCGUAAUGCAGGCUUCACAUCCUUCUGUUUUUGUUGCUCUCCUAUAUCGUUCUCUAGAAAGGGAGAGAUAGAUAACCAUGGACAAAUAUGCAACACUAAGGAUUUGCAUUUUAGUUACUCUCGUUCGUCCUGGACUAGUUAUCUUUUAAAGUAUAUAGUAUAUUCCUCAAAAGGUUUCAAUUUCUUCUCAAUGAGUACUAUAUUAUUUGGUCCAAAAUGUUCUUCACAUCUAGUACAUCUUACACAGUCAAUACAAUGGAAACAGCAACAACAAUCAGCAUGGCAUGGGAUUUUGGGCACAAGACAAAGGAAAAUAGCAAACCCUAAUUCUACCCAGUCAUAGAUCUGGUUUGGACAUUCGAUUACUGUCGCUUUAAAGGUUCUGGAUUUGGAACACAGGUCCACUGUUCUUUUGGUUCAGCUACUGGUCCCUUCACUCGUGUGUAGUGGGUCCACCCUUUUUCUUUCGUCCAGAC